UCAGAUUAAAUGUCAUAAUAUUUUGAUAGUGUUAGAAAUCUUCUUUAAAAAUCUAAUUGUUCAAUCAUUAGAUCUUUCUGUAGACCAUAUUAAUUUUAUUUAAAAAUUUUCUUUGAAAAAAGGAUAUUUGUUAUCUGGCCAUAGUAGAUUUGUAGUAAAUAGGAUUAAUGUAAGACCAAAUAAUACCCUCAAGUAAUUAAUGAAUAUUGUAUUAAAAGUAUCACUAAUCACUAAUAGACAUAAAUGAUAAUUUUAGAAUAUUCAUAUAUUUAGAUUCUCCUUCCAUUAAUUGUAGAAGGAGAAUUUUGGAAGAGGAUGCCAAAUUAUAAAGAAGCUUUGAAAAUAUUUGUAUCCAUUCUACAUCAUCUGUUUAUUGAUGCAUUUCAAAAUCUGCCUUUAACAUAGUAGGACAUAGUUCUUGAUGAUGUAUAUUUAUUAGUUAGUUAAAAAAAAGAAUUGGGUUCCAUUGUUCGAUUUUAGUAGAAAUCCAAAAGAUGGAUUUUAUUAAUUGAUAAAUUGUAAGCAUCCUAAAUAUUCUUAUAACAAAGAUGUAGUUGUUUUGGGAUUAUAUAACAAAGUUGAAUUGCAUCCUAUAAUUCUUCAUAAUGGUUAUAAAAAUAUUAGAGACAAUUUUACAUAAUAUUGUGACUAUAUUUUAUCUUUAAUAUUAUGA